AUGUCGAUGUCCGCCAAGUCCCUGUCGUCGUCGUCGUCGUCGUCGUCGUCGUCGGUGCUGGCCGAGCACCGGUCGAAGGUGGGUCCGGUGUCGACGGUCGGCAAGAAGUACGCGUACUGUGGUUUACCGUACGCGACCCCUCAACAAUCAGCCUCGGUGCAGCGGCGGAAUGCCCGCGAACGCAACCGCGUCAAGCAGGUAAACAAUGGGUUCGCCAACCUGCGCCAGCACAUCCCCUCAACCGUGGUAACGGCGCUGAGCAAUGGGACACGGGGUGCCAACAAGAAGCUCAGCAAGGUCGACACGCUCCGGCUGGCGGUCCAGUACAUCCGCAGCCUGAAGCGCAUGCUGGACGAGACGAACGUCGGUGAGAUGGGCCUGACAGUGGCACCCAGCGGUACUACCAAGCAGAAGCAGCAACAACCCGCGACCAGCAGCAGCACGCAGCUCUCGAACAGUUCGGUCUGCUCGGCGUCGUCCGGUUCCACCUACUACGGUACGAUGUCGGAACCGUCGAUCGCGUCCUCCCCGGCACCGUCGCACAUGUCCGACGGUUCGUCGCACGGUGGUGACAGCGUCACCCCGCACGGUUGCUUCACCCAGAUCAGUGGCAGCUUCAAGCACGAACCGUACGAUAUGUACGUCGAUCCGCUCAACUCGCCAACACCGUCGUACGGUUCCGAUCACGGUAUCGGCGGUAUCGCAACGAUUGUGCAUGAUGGUGGUCCCACCACGACCAUCCUGCCCUCCCAGUCCGCCACCGACAACAACAACUACAUCCUGGCCGCUCAACCGCACCAACAUGCGGCGCACCUUCAGCACCAACAGGCUCAUCACCAGACGCUGCAGCAUCAGCACCAGCAGUUCAAGACGGAGCUCGCGUACGACGAUUCACCAUACGACGAGGAGCUGAGCCCGCAGAACCCGGACGAUGAGGAGCUGCUCGAUGCCAUCUCCUGGUGGCAGCAACAGUAACCAUCAGUAACUGCCCAGAUGCAUCAGAUGCUCCCCAGUGGCAGGUGUGGUAUGGCCAGGGUGACCCAAUGAUCUAGUCAAGUGAAGUUACGCAGAACCGCUGCGUUCGAGAUGCACGGUGGGUGGGUGGAGCAUUCUUGGAGCUACCCAGGAGGCCGGUGAAGAUACCGCGGGGAUGUAGUAACUCGGCCACAAUCUUACUAACUACCGUAGGCCUUAAGAAUUACGGUUAAGGGUAAGGACUAGGACUAGGUGUGUGCUAGGCUAAGGGGUGAGAUACACACAGAGAAAGAAAGAGAAAGAGAGAGCGAGAGUAGCCGCGAUGGGGCGGGGGAAAGUGAAACACGAAACGUGUUAUCGCUUCCCCCUUAUCGCACGAACGCGGACCGCAUGGAAGGGAGGUGCAAGAUGAGAGAGAACAAGGGAGAGAAUAAGGAAGUGAGCGAGCCAGCGAAGUGCCUUCUUAGCGUCUUAGCAGGGCAGCCACGGUUUGCCAGUUGACCGUUAUAGUUUUGAAAUUUAUUUCAAAAAUUUAUCAGCCCCCCCUCCGCAUUUCCCUUCUGGGUGGCCUUUGUUUGUUUGUAGUAUUUUGCCUAGCUCUCUAAGCGUAAUAGUAUUAGUGGCCAUUCACCCUGCACCCCGAGACCCUCCCUCUCCCUCCACCCCCACCACGCAGCUUCCAUGAAUAGAAUGUGCCUUUAAUCAGGUUGGUUGGCGAACCUCAUGGGUUUACAAAACCUGGGCGGGCCCGCACCCGGGAUCCGAGCGUUUGCCAACUGCCAACAUGUUAUGACCAGUGAACCAUUGGAAGAGACAGAGGGAGGCUGAGGGAGAAGGGAACGGUUAGGAGGAAGCGGAGCGGAGCUUUCUACUUCCGCAAAAUCGUUUAACUGUUAAGUACUUAAGUUGAAGUUAUCUCCCGUUUAUCGUUUGUCUUGAAUAGGAAACCAAGUAUGCCAACAAGUGAAUUAUGGAAUGCUUAGAGAGAGAGAGAGAGAGGGAAGGAG